CAGAGGCAGAGCUGAGAGGAAGAGGAGGGAGUGAUUUCACAUCCCUGACCACAAACACUCGUGGAGGGACCUGGAGAUGGAGUUUAGGAUGUACAGGCUGAAUCCUGACUGCUGGCUGAGGUCGCCCAGACCUCCUCUGUGUCUCCUUCCUCAACAUUCAGGGAGCCAUGCUUCAGCCACGCUGAGCCACCAAGAAGAGGAGGAGGAAGAGGAGCACCCUGCUGCUUGCUGCUACAAUACAGGUUGUGAUGACAUCAUCAGUCAGGCUGCUGAUGCUCAGCGGUGCACCUCCAAACCUCCCGCCCACUCAGGGAUCCCCAGCAGCUCCGGCCUGGCAGGGCAAGUUCAUGGUGCUCCUUCUUCACAGCAGCAUAAAACAGUAAUCAGUGCUGAUGGGGGAGACUUGUCGCGACAUUUCACUGGUGGUUGUUGCUGGGAGGGUGCGGGGAUGGAGACCCAGGGAUGUGUAUGUGCGUGUGGGUGGAAGGAACCAGAAGGUUUUGGUCCCUGCUGGCCUGGAUCUCCAUAUAUCUACUAUGGAGUGAGGAGGAACCUGGUGGUGGGAGUGGAGGUGGUGGAGGAGGUCGCUGUUGAAGACACUCUAGAAGUAAUAACAGAGGACAUUUACACAGAUGAUCUGCUGCAUCCUGAGCUACUGCAAGACGCCCAGCUGUACCCCACAUGAGCCCCGAGGAACUUUCAGCGUGUUCUGUUCUGAUGUUAUUUAAAUACUUGUCCAUUUGUUUGUAUUUAUAUUUUUAUCACUGUAGUUGUGAAACGCCUUUUAUCCUUUUUUUUGUUUAGUUGAAGCCAAUGUCAGCUGUCAUUAACAUGAGUUACAACAGCAAACAAAACAAUA